UCCCAAUGGCACCACUUGAGCGUUCCCGACGGCACCCUUGGUAUCCGAGGCGAAGCCUCCCCGAUGUUGGUAGCAGAAAGCCUCGGUUAGUAUGCAGGUAUCCUAGUGGUUUAGUAGGCCCAAGUAUCACUCAAGCGGCACGUGGAGCUGAGGUUCCUGGUAGGGAUGGCAAUGGGUAGGGUCGGGUGCGGGUUUACCCUAUACCAACUCCUACCCGCUGGGUAGAGCCUCCUAAAAUACCCGACCAAAUAACCAUCGGGUAUGAAAAUGAGAUAACCAUACCCUACCCACGGGUAUUCGGGUAACCAUGGGUACAAAUCUUAAAAUAUGAACUUAUGCACAUACGUACUGUUGUCUAUUAAAAAUUCUCAAAACUUGUAACUGUUCUAGUUUCAACAAUCCACACAAAUAAAAACAACAAACACAUAAUAAUUGUUCUUGCUUCUACAAUCCACACAAACAAAAACACAAUACAUCAUAUUUGGUCUAGCUUAAACAAUCCACACAUAAACAAAAACAGCAAAGACAAUAUUAGAACCAGGCCACAUCAAAUGCUCACUGCUUAACUUAUGCUUCAUGACAUCCAUCAAGACAUCAUUAGUAGAACAAUUAUCCAAGGUAAUCGUAGAUACCUUUGUGUCAAUAUCCCAAGCAAGUAAAGUUUCAAGAAGAGUUUGAGCAAACACCUCACUUGUGUGUGGGCAAGGAAAGUCGAUUGCUGGGUAGGGUUAGGGUUAGGGAAAUUGACCCUUUGGUUAGCGGGGCGGGUAUAACAGGGCGGGUAUUAUCAAUUACCAUACCCGUACCCUACCCAUUAUUUUGAAACCGGGUAUUACCCGUAGCCGCCCCUUAACCCGUCAAAGCGGGUAAUUACCCUCAUUGACCGGUUACGAUCGUGUAGGAUACCCAUAGUUACGGGUUGGAUUGGCAUCCCUAGUUCCUUGGUUAUCAAAUAAAAAAAAAUUAUAUUAACCCCUAGGCCAAAAACAGCUCUCAAACUUGCCGCCCAAUACAUGUAAAAUACAAAAACAGUGAGCAGCCACCGAAGCGAAGACCGAAGAUUUACAGUUGGCCGGUCUGUUCAACGACUCUCUUCUUCGUAAUCUCCGCUAGCCUACGCAAGCCAGCAGCCCCUUGCCUAUCUGGCGCACGUUAGUAUCUAUAAACCAAAAAUACUCCCCCAACUCUCUCCCCGCUCCUUCAUGCGCUCUCUGCUCUUCCACCAUCACCUCCACUGCUCUCCCAGCCAUUGCCUCCGCUCUUCUAUCCUUCGGAAGCCUUCAAGCUUAGUCUCCGCCGCCAUGGCCUCUUCCCUCGCUCUCCCAGCAAUUUUCCCCAACCGCAUCUCCUUCGCCGCCUCCGAGGCUCUUAACGGCUGCUGCAGAAAUGGAGCUCGCGGAUUCGGCAUCAAGAACUUCGGUCGAUCUAGGGUUUUCAUGAGUGUUUCAGUUGGAUCACAGACUGUCGUCGACGACUCCUUGUUCGCUGAUUACAAGCCUUCUGCUGCUUUCCUGUUCCCUGGUCAGGGAGCACAAGCUGUUGGAAUGGGGAAAGAGGCUCAAAGCGUAUCUGCUGCUGCAGAAUUGUACAAAAAGGCAAAUGACAUACUAGGGUACGAUCUUCUAGAACUCUGUCUCAGUGGACCGAAAGAGAAGCUGGACUCUACUGUUAUAAGCCAGCCUGCUAUAUAUGUCACUAGCCUGGCUGCAGUUGAGAUGCUCCGUGCUCGUGAUGGUGGCCAGCAAAUAAUUGAUGCAGUUGACGUCACUUGCGGACUCAGCUUGGGAGAAUACACUGCCCUAGCAUUUUCUGGAGCCUUCAGCUUUGAGGAUGGUCUCAAGCUGGUGAAGCUAAGGGGUGAAGCCAUGCAGGAAGCUUCUGAUGCUGCUAAAAGUGCCAUGGUCAGUAUCAUUGGACUGGACUCGGACAAAGUUCAACAGUUAUGUGAUGCAGCCAAUCAAGAAGUCGAUGAGACUGAGAAAGUUCAGAUAGCAAACUUCCUGUGCACUGGAAACUAUGCUGUGUCUGGAGGUGUGAAGGGGGUGGAAGCAGUUGAAGCGAAGGCUAAGUCAUUUAAAGCAAGGAUGACGGUGCGAUUGGCUGUUGCCGGUGCUUUCCACACGAGCUUUAUGGAACCGGCUGUCUCAAGAUUAGAAGCUGCACUUGCAGCAACAGAGAUUAGAACCCCAAGAAUACCAGUUAUAUCUAACGUCGAUGCACAACCACAUGCAGAUCCCGCCACGAUUAAGAAGAUUUUGGCACGUCAGGUGACUUCCCCUGUUCAAUGGGAAACCACUGUGAAGACUCUUGUAUCCAAAGGGCUGAAGAGGAGCUACGAAUUAGGCCCCGGAAAGGUUAUUGCUGGAAUAGUGAAGAGGAUGGAUAGAGGCGCUGAGAUUGAGAACAUUGGUGCAUGAUCAGCAAGCAAGAGCGAGUCUAUCCUAACAAUCAAAGUCAAGAAUCGCG